UGUUUUCAGCCGGUGGAUUUUGAACGUCGCACAAAACAAAGAACAUGCGUCUCUUGGCUCGAAGAUGUCGUGGGGCUUUUUAAACUGGAGCUUGAUAGAUGUUUUGUGGUUUACUUUGGCUUUAUGUUUUCUUUUAGCUUUUUGUAUCCAUAAAAUAUCAGGAAAUAAUCACGAAUCCUUAAAUUUCUUCCUGAUUUUCCAGGAUCUUAUUCGCUAUGGAAAAACUAAAAACCUCAAACGAACCAGCUGGCUGCGAAUGUUUGACGUCCCAAAACGGUGGUUUUGGCAUUUCUACAUCGUCUCUGUUUGCUGGAACGGAUGUCUUCUGUUUUUAAAUAUGAACUCUAUUCACCAUCGACAGUCGUACCCAUCAUGGCUGACUGGUAUAUUAGAUGUGUUGUCAGGUGCUCCCAGCCCAGACAGUCCAGUCCCACAGCUGUCCACGGUUCUGGUGCAGCUGCUGGUGUGGGUCCACUCCCUUAGGAGGCUGCUGGAGUGCCUGUUUGUCAGCGUUUUCUCUGAUGGGGUCAUGCAUGUCGUGCAGUAUGGGUUUGGCCUCGUGUAUUACGUUGCACUGGGGUUGACAGUUCUCUGUGUUGACCGCAUUGGAAAAGGAGCCAGCUCUCUCUCACAGCUGGGCUGGAUUCAGACGACUGGAUUUAUCGUCUUCAUCUGCGGCUCGCUGUUGCAGCAUCAGUCUAUAGUCCUUCUGGCUCGACUGCGGACUGGAAAAUCAGGAGCAGUGGAGACGCUUGCUCAUCGGAUGCCGACAGGAGGCUGCUUCCACUUGGUGUCAUGCCCGCACUACUUUGCCGAGCUGCUCAUCUACGUCUCUCUGGGCUUUGUCUUUGGUGGACGGUCUUCCACGUGGUGGCUGCUGGUUCUUUACGUGUUCUUUAACCAGGCGCUGGCCGCACAGCUGAGUCACGAGCUUUACGUCAGCAAAUACCAGUUGUACCCAAAACACAGAAAAGCUUUGAUACCGUUUGUGCUCUGAGUGUGAACCGUCUCCUCAGGUAACGUCCAGGUGACGAGUUCCUGUGAGAGCAUUUGAAUAAUUAAAUUUUCUUGGCAGCAACAAGGUUUCUUUGUCAAAGUAUUUGUUGUAAAUAAAAAAAAACUUUUACUUGU